CGCCUCCUCACCAUCAAAAAUGCCAUGUUGAACUUAUGCUAGCAUAAUUAGGCGGCGACCAUGAUAGAGAACCAGUUGAGAUAAUUCUCAGCAUAAGACAACAUAAUAAGGCAGCACCUGCAUGGAAUUUCAACUAGAUAGAUGAUCUCCUUUGUCCAAAGUCCUAUGAUAUUGUACUAAGACAUUGCUACAAGAUAGAACCACGAUGGCGGCGCCAAAUUUUGAUGUCAUAAAGGAGAUUCCAGGAUACAAAGUCAUCCUAAAAACAGUUUUAAAGGCACAGAUACAGCUUCUGGUCAAACAGUUAGAAGAACAUACAGAUGAGCAGUCUGUCAUCCUCACAGCCAGUAUGGGAGAUGGUACAUUGAGCCACCUUGGGUCGGAUUAUGGCCAAUCGUUCCUCAACGACUUUGAAGAUUUCAAGUUCUCCUUCCUUGGGUUUUGUUUAAAAAAGCAUAACAAGAAACAGUUGGAAGACCAAGAGGCCAAAGCUAAAGAGCAGCAGCUGCUGCAGGAACAACAAAUAGCACAGGCCACCCAGACACCAAUACAUAUAAACCCUGCCCCACCCUCGGGGUUUUCAAACCCCAGUCCAGGGGGUAGAGAGAGAGUGAUGAAACCCAAGCAAUUUGGCUCGAGUGUAAGACAUGAACCUUAUCCAAUAACCAGACCUCAACGAACAGGGUUUACUGUCAGUCAGACUAGUGCCUCUGCUGUGAAAUUGGAACCUAGUUUUGAUAAUGAGAAUAACAGCAACAGCAGUGGUGUAUUUCCAGAUGGGGGUGAUGUUUUCCAACCCCAUUCAGGGGAUAGUAACAGUUUUACUGGUUCAGCCCAAGUAGGAACUGUUGAUCAACAAAGCAACAUUAUUAAUGCCCAAGACAGUGACAUAGAAAGUAUUGUGAGUGGUGCUUUGGUACAAAUUAAGAGAGAGGUGGAAGAUGAUUUGGAGAUUACUGGGGUUGAACCAGGAAUUCAGCCUCCUGCCCAGGAUGCUUGGGGGUCAAGUGCAAGCUCAGAUGCCUGUCCUGCUGAUACCUCCGCCCAGCAGGCUUACAGACCAAUUCCCGAUACAGUGAAAACAGCCGCUGAAAUAACAGAAGAUGAUAACCAAGCCACAUCCCAGGUUUCAAGAAAUGUGGGUGAAAGAACAUUCAGAUAUGUACACGUGGACCAAUUUCUUGUGGAACAUGUUAACAAAAAUACGAAGAAGAAAACAGAAAGCGAUCUCAAGGUAUUUAGACAAUUUCUCUCUCAUAAGGAUGAGCAACGGGAGAUCGAACAUAUACCGCCUGAUGAGUUGAAUGACUAUAUAUCUGAAUUCUUACUGUCAGUCACCAAGCAGAAUGGGGAGGAAUAUGAACCAACAAGUUUAAGAAGUUUUGUGCAUUCCAUUGACAGGCACUUAAAAGGAGUGGGCUCGAGAGUAUGUGUUAUUAAUGACAUCGAUUUUGCCAAAUGUAGAGGCGUGCUCAAAAACAAGCUGAAAGCAUUGAAACGACAAGGGCUCGGAAACAAACCGAAGGCGGCUGACGCUCUUACGGAUGAGCACAUCAAAAAGAUGUAUGAUGCGAAAACUCUGGGGCCUUACACUGCCAGGUCCCUUAUCCACUCCAUGUGGUUCAUCUGUGCCACCUUCUUCGGUAUGCGGACUGGCACCGAGAUCUAUAACCUAAAGUGGGGUGAUGUGAUCAUUGAUUAUGAUAAAGACUCCAGACGAGAAUACUUGCAACUGUGCAUAGAAAGGCAAGCUGAGACCUGCUUUGGCGCAAAUGCACGCAAUUCAAGGCAAAAUAAUGUAAGAGCUUAUGCUGUGGCGGGCGAUUCUGUAAAAGAUCCUGUUCAUCUAUACAAGACCUAUAGAGACAAGCGGCCAGUUGAAAUGCUUCGCAAGAACAGCCCUUUCUUCCUAAGCAUCUCCACUUCUGAUCAAGUGGUCUGGUUUAAAAAAACAUCAAUGGGCGUGAACAAACUCUAUAACAUUAUGAAUGAAAUGAAGGCUGAUGCGGGCAUUGCGGAACCUAGGCUGACCCCCAACAGUGCCAGGAAACGAAUGGUUAAGAACCCCAUCGAUGAAGGCUCGCCUCGGAGCUGAAGAGUUUGAAAUGUGAGGUCACAAAAUUCAAACUGACAUGAAUAACUACAGUAUAUUAAACCAGACACUGAACACCUCACCAACCUUGGACAAUCCUCCAAAUGGCCAGGCACCUGCUGCAUACAAAUAAACCUGAGUGCACCCAUCUCCCUUGGUUUUGUUAUAAAACGCCAACUGCAUGGGAAUGGUUACCUUCAAGUGCUAUUCAAUGGAACCUGGGAGGAAUAAAACUGAUAUUAAUUUUCAGCACAGAUAAUUAAUUCAGCACAGAUAUUAAAACAUUCUAUCACAGUUCAGCAUAAUGUGACCAUGGUUUAUAGGACCCACCACUAUCUGAUAGACUAUGCUUUGUAGAAGGCUAGCUGGCAAACAAUGGUUUACAAAAAAAUCAGACAUUUCUCAGACAGUAACAUAGAUUAGAGUCCACAGUCAUAAGGACUGAUCAGUGAGAUUUAAUUAAGCCACAAAUAGGACUGUAUGACAGACUAAGUGAUUGAAGUUUUUUUAAACUAUUUAGAACUAUCAGGGACAUUGAGAAGUGUACAAAUGAUUUGGACUUUUAGCUCAGACUUUGAGAUUUAUCCAAAUUUCAAACUAUUUGGAUUUAUACCUCAGACAUUAAGAGUGAUUGAAGUUUACAAGCGAUUUGAAUUUAUCAAAAGCAUUAGGAGGCAUUUUUCUCAGAUAUCGAGAGUGGUUGAAGUUGACAAACGAGUCAGAUUUUAUCUCAGACUUUGAGAGCGAUUAAAGUUUAUAAAUAUUUUGGAUUUGUCAGAGACAUUAAGAGUGAUUGAAUUGUACCAAAAAUUUGGACAGCUGCCUGUAUUUAAGACAUCGCGUGAUAGAUCAAACGAUUCACACAUUUCUAAGACAGAUUGAGUUCUGGUUUGAAAUGAAAAGAAAGUCAUUCAUUUUUCAAAGCCAACCAUGUGUUGAAAAUUACUCCUGCACCAUUGAAAUAUUUUUUGGUUGUUUAUGAACUUCUGUGUAUUGUUUGUUGAAAUAUUUAAAAAAUGCACUGAUGAAGAUUUGUCAUCAACUCUUAACAAACAUUUUGUAUUUAAAAUAUAAGAACCAAAUUACCUCCAAUAAGGCUUUAAAAAAAAUAUACAUGUUUGUUUCCGUUUUCCCAACCUUUCUUUUUUUUGCGACUUACUAGACAUUUUUAUUGCUUUGGGAAUUUUUUGUGUGAUUUUAUUCUAGUAAACAGGAAAACAUUAAGAAAAAAUGUGGCUGCUCUAUAAAAUACAUUAAAAAUAUAUUUUCCAACUAAUCAACCCUAUUUCAUUUUGGGGUGAAUCCGGAAACAAACAUAUUUUCUUUUGUUCGCCUUAUACUUGGUACAAUUUGUUUUAUCAUAAUUAUGCAGGUAGUUGUUAUAUAUGUGAAUGAAUGAAUAGAAAAUCCUUCAAGGAUGUUCUCAAUGGGAAAGUACUUUUAUGAGAAAUCAUUACAUAAAAUGACCUAUAACGUCUGAAAAAAUGCUGGCCCCAAUUUCUUGAAACUUCUUAAGCUUAACAGGCUUAAGUAGCUUAUUUCAAUUAGCCAAAAUACUUAUCUAAAAUGAAUUUUGAUAAUUAAAAAUGGUUUAAUGUAACUAUCAUGAAGAUAAACCUAGAUCUAAAAUAUAAAAACUAUUAAAAAUGUACUAAAAAAAAUAUAUUUUAGCAAAUUAUUGAAAAACAAAAAUAGCGAGCUGAGCUUAAUUCUAUUGUAAGGGGCUUAAGAAGUUUCGAGAAAUAAGGGCCAGAACCUUAAUUAAAAGAAACUAUUUUUUAACUCAUUGGUUUCACUUUUAAACUCUAUUUUAUUUCACUCAUGAUUUUAGAAAAAUGUUUUUUGUUUUUAGCUCUACUGGCCAAAGGCCAGAAGAGCUUAUGCGAUGGUAAUGUGUACGUAGUAUGUGUAUCCAUGCGGUCGUGCGUUCGUGCGUCUGUAAAAAAUUGCUUGUGAACACGAUACAGUCUUCAGAUCCGCCCAUGAAUGCCUAGAUUAUGGGCCAUGAAAGUUUUAAAGAAAUGCUUUCUAUUUUUUGCCAGGUCUGCAUGAGCGAAUUCUAUUUUUAGCCAAGUUUACAUGUACAUGUAAAUUCAAGUCUAGAGUUAAGGGAGACAAUUUGCAAGUCUAGGAUUUUGAGAGACAAUUUGCUUUUUGCUUCUGCAGUUGAUUUUGUGAAUUACUCUGCCUUGUUCUUGUUGAAAGCCCAAAGGCCAUUUUUUAGCUUUAUGUUCUGUAGUUUGCGCAUUCAUCUUAACAAAAUUGGUUGUGAAUGUUUAAGUUAUGCACCUGGUGUCAUUACUGGCCACACCCUGGGUUCACAGGUUUGGUAAACAUAAAUCUGGAAAGGUUUGAAAAUCUUUUUGUGUGUUCGUGCAUCCAUCUCAGCACAAUUGAUUGUGAAUGUUUGUUCAAAUUGAUCAAUGUUGUCCUAGGAUGCCCUUGAUUUUGACCUUUUGACCAACUUUUUUUAACUUUUAAAACUACAGAAAAUUUUACUAUGAGUACAGUUUUGAAAGCAUUUUUUUUUGUCAGAUGACUUUUACUUGGCACAUAUUAAAAUAGUUCAUGCAACUAAUCUGCUUACAAUACUUUCUGGGCUCAGAUGUUGAACGUGCUACAUUUUCAGGUAACCCAAACACAAAACAUAAACUAUAUGUCUGUUGCCUUUUACCCAUACAUACAUACAUGCUCUGGAUUGAUAUGACCACAAAAGCCAUGCCAGUAGAGCAUAGGCCCUUUUGGGCCUCUUGUUUUUAUUUUGUAUUUGAGAUGUGCUGUUUGUAUAAUUUUGUUUUUAAUGACCAAUAUUGAUAAAUAUGAUUGUACAUUGUUAUCAUCAAAUAUCCUCUAGUCUAGUCUAUGUAUUAAGUGUAACGAACAAUUGUAGUUAUAAUUAUUGUAUAAAUGUAUAAAUUUG